AUGAGCAAUACCAACAGAUCAAGCAUAGAACCAGAAACAGAACCAGAAAAAUUCAGGAUGCAUGGUGGUCUAGCGGCGGAUCCAAGCCAAGGCGCCGGAAGAGAGGCAAUCGGAAAGCCUAGCAAGGGACUCAGCAGCGAAGAGACUCACUACUGAUUUGACAAGGGAGAAAAAUGGUGAGACCCAAGAAUGGUAUCAAAGAAAAGCGGCCUUCAUUUUUCAAGGUUAUUAUUCCAGGCUACUCCACUCAACAUUUGCCUCCUUUUUGUUGUCUUAUCGAAGAGGAUCCCACCACCAUUCUUGGAGUUUAUAAGGAAUGACCUAUCUGAUGAAGCAACCUUGAACUCGAACACUUGUUCAGAGAGGUCUUGGAAUGUUAGAGUACGUAAAACAAAAGGAGGUGUGUAUUUCAAGGAUGGGUGGCAGGGGUUCUUAAAAGAUAACUCUGUGGAAGAUGGUGACUUUUUGGUAUUCGAGUAUGAAGGAAACAUGCAUUUCAGCGUACAGAUUUUUGACAACAGUUGUUGUGAGAGAGACUCUUUUCCUGAAAUUGAAACACACACAAAAUCCACCUUUGCUGAGUGUAAGAAAGGGCAUCCUGGUAGACCGAGGAAAUCAGAUAUCGGUUGUUCUAAGCGUCCCCUCGCAUUGAACUCUAGAAAAGACAAUUCAGUUGCAGAUAACAUAGCUAAGAAAAGGCUUCCUGGUAGACCAAGAAAAUCCCAUAUCCGUCGUUAUAAGCGCCCCUGCCCAUCAAACUCUGGCGAAGACAAUUCAGUACCAGAUGACAUAGUUGAGGAAUCUGCAAAAUCUUUCAAGUCCAACUAUCCUCAUGUCACAAAAACCAUUAAAGAGACUUUUUGUGUGUACUCAUUCCCCACAUCCUUCUAUAGGGAGCAUCUCUCUGGGGGCAACUAUGAAGUUGUUUUCCUGAAAAUUGCAAGGGGGGAAAGAUGGUACCAAGUGAAGCUUGUACGAUCCCUAAGAACGGCAUACUUGUCCAAAGGGUGGUCUGAGUUUGCAUGUGCUAACCAAAUCAAGGUCGGAAAUAUUUGCGUAUUCGAAGUUGUGGAAGAAAACAAAUUGGUGGUUCACGUAGUCCAGCAGUAAUCAAUAUGAAAUUGUUAAGAAUAUCUUAAGCUUUUCAAACAAUUUAGACUUGCCUUGCUUUGCUUGUGGCGUGGCUCUUAUUAAAUUGUCUGUUGUAUUGGAUUGCCUUGCACUUUCCUUUAGUAUUAUGUCGGAUUUCUGAGAAGUUGGAUAUUGGUGCAUGAUUUAUGCUUUGAUA